GCUGUGCGACCAAGUCCAAUAGCAUUUUUACUUUUGGCGGUCAUUUUCAUUUUAUCACUAUAUCUUGAAGGAAGUGAGAUCACUAUGAGUUUGUAAGUGGGAGGCAUGUGGGACGUGUUUGCGUGUAAAUAUUCUAGUAACGUAAAAUGAGUACCGCAGUGCAACACAACGCAUUGUACGGGGUAGUGGGUUGCACGAUAGUUACCUGCUCUGUGUAACUCUUAUCAAAAUAUCGUCACUCGACAGUCAUAAAAUGACUUCAGUUUGUCUUCCAGCCGGAGAUGUAUAUGUGCCUGUCACAGUAGAUGAAAAUGAUGUUUAUGGCGGAAUUUUUAAACUUUUGGAGACAAUACGGCCUAAUUGGCCUAAGGAAAAAAUUUCUUUUAAGAUGUUUACUGAUGGCAUUACCAAUAAACUAGUGGCUUGCACUUUAGACAAUUCAAAUAAUGAUCAAAGCAGUGAGGAUGAGAUAGUGCUCGUUCGGAUUUAUGGAAAUAAAACUGAUUUGCUUAUUGACAGAAAUGCUGAGUUAAGAAAUAUAAAAACACUGAAUGUACUUGGAUUGGCUCCUAAAGUAUAUGGUGUGUUUGAAAACGGACUGGCCUAUCAAUAUUACCCAGGUGUUACCUUGAAGCCUGACUCUGUUAUAGAACACAAAAUAUGGCCUUUAGUUGCUAAACAAAUGGGAAAAAUGCAUAAAGUUGAACUUGGAAAUAAUAUCGAGAAGGAACCAAUGGUUUGGAAUAAAAUAGAUCAAUUUUUAAAUUUACUUCCGCAGCCGUUUUCUAUAGAAGCUAAACAAGAAAGAUUUACGAAUAACUUUGGAUCAGUAACAAAACUAAGGAUAGAAUUUGAGCGUCUUAAAUCUCAUCUAAUAAAAACACAGAGCCCAAUAGUGUUUGCUCACAAUGAUUUGCUUCUAGGAAACGUUAUCUACAAUAAAGAUGCAGGAACUAUAUCUUUCAUCGACUAUGAGUAUGCCAGUUACAAUUACCAAGCAUUUGACAUUGCGAAUCAUUUCAAUGAAUUUGUCGGCUUGUCUAUUGGAGACAUUGAUUAUAACAAAUACCCUUCUAAGGAUUUCCAAGUUUCAUGGAUUAAAGAAUACUUAACUGAAUAUUUAAGCGCGACACCAACCCCGCACGAUGUUGAGAAGGUAUAUACAGAAGUGCAGCAUCAUUCUUUAGCUUCACAUUUUCUGUGGGGUAUAUGGUCACUUGUGCAAUAUGAACUAUCUGACAUUGACUUUGAUUUUGGAAGGUAUGCUGUAAUACGCCUGAACAGAUAUUACGAAUUAAAGAACAAAGUGUUUAAGGAAAUCCUAUAAUGCGUAAAAAUGUGAUAAGUAAUUUAAAUACGUGUUGUUCAAAAUAUUUUAAAUAAAUAAGAUAUUGUUUUCGUUUCGUAAAUUGUUCAUUCUAAAUGUGGCACAUCACU